CCACAGAACCUCUCGGCGCCUUUCCACGGGCCGGAAGUCAGGGUGCCGGGCCGCGCGACUGAUGACGUCACUUUCCAUGCGACUUCCUGCAUUGAGCAUGGCGGCUCUCAGUGGUGUCCGCUGGUUGACCCGAGCGCUGGCUGCUGCCCCGAGCUGCGGGGCAUGGAGGAGCUUGUGUACUUCGGCGGUGGCGCACGCCUCCUCGCGGAGCCAGGCCGAGGAUAUAAGGGUGGAGGGCGCCUUUCCCGUAACCAUGCUGCCGGGAGACGGCGUGGGGCCCGAGCUGAUGCACGCUGUCAAAGAGGUGUUCAAGGCUGCUUCUGUACCGGUGGAGUUCCAGGAGCAUCACCUGAGUGAGGUGCAGAAUAUGGCAUCUGAGGAAAAGCUGGAACAGGUGCUGAGUUCCAUGAAGGAGAAUAAGGUUGCCAUCAUUGGAAAGAUCCACACUCCAAUGGAGUACAAGGGGGAGCUAGCCUCCUAUGAUAUGCGGCUGAGGCGUAAGUUGGACUUGUUUGCCAAUGUGGUCCAUGUGAAGUCGCUUCCUGGGUACAUGACUCGACACAACAACCUAGAUCUGGUGAUCAUUCGAGAGCAGACGGAAGGGGAGUACAGCUCUCUGGAACAUGAGAGUGCAAGGGGUGUGAUUGAGUGCUUGAAGAUCGUCACUCGGACCAAAUCCCAGCGGAUUGCAAAAUUCGCCUUUGACUAUGCCACUAAGAAGCGUCGGGGCAAGGUCACGGCUGUCCACAAAGCCAACAUCAUGAAACUUGGGGAUGGGUUGUUCCUGCAGUGCUGUGAGGAAGUUGCUGAACUGUACCCCAAAAUCAAGUUUGAGACGAUGAUCAUAGACAACUGCUGCAUGCAGCUUGUGCAGAAUCCUUACCAGUUUGAUGUGCUGGUGAUGCCUAAUCUGUAUGGGAACAUUAUUGACAAUCUGGCUGCUGGCCUGGUUGGGGGAGCUGGUGUGGUCCCUGGUGAGAGCUACAGUGCUGAGUAUGCGGUGUUUGAGAUGGGUGCCCGGCACCCAUUUGCCCAGGCGGUGGGCAGGAAUAUUGCCAAUCCCACAGCCAUGCUGCUGUCAGCUUCCAACAUGUUGCGGCAUCUCAAUCUCGAGUAUCACUCCAACAUGAUUGCAGAUGCAGUGAAGAAGGUGAUCAAAGUCGGCAAGGUGCGGACACGAGACAUGGGCGGCUACAGCACCACAACCGACUUCAUCAAGUCUGUCAUCGGCCACCUGCACCCCCAUGGGGGCUAGAGCCCUUUAUUCCCUCCAACCUCACAAGGACCAUACUACCUACACCUCCCUUCAGUACAGUGGACCAGAGAGGAGCCCUUAAUACCUCUAAACCAUAAUCACCUGGGCAGAGCCUAGGUUACCCUGGGGCUGGCUUCCUUAGGGAAUCAUGUAUUAGGUGGUGAUGGUGAGUUUGGGAUGAGGCCUAGACCACAGGGAUGAUGAAAACUCUCCCCCACAGGUUCGAACUUCUGACAUGGGUGGCUAUGCCACCUGCCAAGACUUCACUGAGGCUGUCAUUGAUGCCCUACCCCACCCAUAGGUCACACCCACACCCAUGUUAAUGACAAUAAAUAUAUACUGAACUCUU